AUGGAGAGUCGCCUCCACCUACCUGUGCUCUGGACCCUGACAGGAUUUCUGGCAGUGGUCGGCGCAGUGAAGGUGACGGUAAACACGCCGAGUGUCCAUGUGACCAGAGGUGGGACGGCUCUCCUCCCCUGCUCCUUCCGAACUACGGCCGCGCUCAACCGACUCAACAUCAUCUGGACAGUGACUCCUCUGGUGGAGCCGAAACACCCGCUACAGGUCAUUGCGUAUGAACAGGGUCAGGUUGUGGAAAGUCUGACGGAAUAUUUGGGCAGAGUGAAAUUUGCCUUCCGUCCCACCCAAGACGCCGGUAUCUUCAUCAACCACACGCGGGUAUCGGACACCGGUACGUACCAGUGCACCGUCAUUAACCCACCAGACGGGGCAACACCCAACAUCGGCCUGGUUGGGCUUACUGUGCUUGUCCCUCCUUCCAUCCCGGACUGUUCCAGUGAUGGCCAUGGCCAGGAAGGGGGCAGUAUCCACCUCUUCUGCUCAGUGAUGGAAGGGAUCCCGGCUCCCCGCUUCAGAUGGGAGAAAAUCCCCCCCGAUGGUCAACUACUCAACACCCGCCAGGAAGAUUCCAGAGGUUCCACCACACUGACAAACAUCACACUGGGGACAUCCGGUCUAUAUCGCUGUACGGCAACCAAUCAGCUGGGUUCUCAGUCCUGCGCCAUAGAGCUCCAUAUUCAUGCCGGAGGAAUCGGCACGAUGGGGAUUUUUGCCGCCAUCACUAUCACUCUCAUCAUGGGCCUGGUCCUCCUGGCACUCCUAGCUCUGGUCCUGAACCUUCACCAGCAGAGUCGGGGAAAGUGGCGCGAUGCCGAGUUGUAUGACCCCGCCAGGGUGGACAAUCUCUCUGCCAUGAAAAGUCCUGACACGGCCGAAUCCAGCCUAAUAACCCGACCCGUGUCCAGGCCCCACAUCCCCCCAGCAUGGCCCUCUUCCCACAUUGUCUACAGUGUCCGGCGCAGCCAGAUCUCACCAGUCCCGGAGACUCCACACAUCAGAAACCCCUUUCCUCCUCUGUCUUCUGGAACCGAUUCCAUAACAGAGAGCGAGGAUGAAGAUAACACAAGUGAUGUGCCACCACCCGUCUACCGAUCGUCACUUUACUCUGUGAACUCGGGAUUCCUGGUAUGACACCCGCCCCCUAAAUCCUACGGCACCGUAACCGCUAAACACGGCAACCCCACAGAAUCGGCACCGAGACAGAAGAUUGGACUUCACAGAGCCCUUUCCUCCCAAGGGCCACCGGAACGUUCCCACGGGCCACCGGAACCGCUAAACACCACAGAGACAGACGAUUGGACUUCACAGAGCCCUUUCCUCCCACGGGCCACCGGAACAUUCCCACGGGCCACCGGAACAUUCCCACGGGCCACCGGAACAUUCCCACGGGCCACCGGAACUGCUAAACACCACAGAGACAGACGAUUGGACUUCACAGAGCCCUUUCCUCCCAAGGGCCACCGGAACAUUCCCACGGGCCACCGGAACAUUCCCACGGGCCACCGGAACAUUCCCACGGGCCACCGGAACCGCUAAACACCACAGAAACAGACGAUUGGACUUCACAGAGCCCUUUCCUCCCACGGGCCACCGGAACAUUCCCACGGCUGUAGCUUCUGACAUUUCUCUCCAAGGCAAAGACACGUCACACAGAGUACAUUGUCCCACAUCCAGACAUCCUCCAUGUAUCCUUUAUACCGGAUACCCCCCUAUGACCCAUACGUGGCACACCCGCCAUUCACUUCUAUAUACCGGAUACCUCCCUAUGACCUAUACGUGGCACACCCGCCAUUCACUUCUAUAUACCGGAUACCUCCCUAUGACCUAUACGUGGCACACCCGCCAUUCACUUCUAUACACCGGAUACCCCCCUAUGACCUAUACGUGGCACACCCGCCAUUCACUUCUAUUUACCGGAUACCCCCCUAUGACCUAUACGUGGCACACCCGCCAUUCACUUCUAUAUACCGGAUACCUCCCUAUGACCUAUACGUGGCACACCCGCCAUUCACUUCUAUAUACCGGAUACCUCCCUAUGACCUAUACGUGGCACACCCGCCAUUCACUUCUAUACACCGGAUACCCCCCUAUGACCUAUACGUGGCACACCCGCCAUUCACUUCUAUUUACCGGAUACCCCCCUAUGACCUAUACGUGGCACACCCGCCAUUCACUUCUAUAUACCGGAUACCCCCCUAUGACCUAUACGUGGCACACCCGCCAUUCACUUCUAUAUACCGGAUACUAGGGUUGUCACAUCAUCCCUUUAAUAAUCCAGGACACAUAUGAAGUACACAGGUUCCGGGGUUGAUUAAAGGUGGUAAUUAAACUCACUUGGCGCCUCAUCAGAACCCGUGAAAUUCAUGUGUGUGCCGGAUUAAAGGGAUGAUGUGGGGGGUGGGGGGGUCACAAGUCGCAGCAGUGCGACCCGAGACUUUAGAAGUCGCUCAAAGACAUCAAUGAUUCCAAACCAGGAAACAACCAAUUUAGUUUUUCAUCACCGGUGUGGACCGACUCCUAUGGGCCAGACAGAGGGACCUCCCCUAACCACUCCCCCAGUGUACCCACAGACCGAAUCCUAUGGUCAGACAGAGGGACCUCCCCUAACCACUCCCCCAGUGUACCCACAGACCGACUCCUAUAGGGCCAGACAGAGGGACCUCCCCUAACCACUCCCCCAGUGUACCCACAGACCGACUCCUAUGGGCAGACAGAGGGACCUCCCCUAACCACUCCCCCAGUGUACCCACAGACCGACUCCUAUAGGUCAGACAGAGGGACCUCCCCUAACCACUCCCCCAGUGUAC